AAUAAAAGAAAGCGCAAAGACCAUAAAAAUCAGGAAAGUAUAAUUAAUGGUGGAAGAGGGAGGUGCUAAGCAGAUUCGUGUGCAGUUCUGAGUAGCAACGCGUCCGUACAAUGGACUGGAGGCGCAGCAAGACGAAGAAGAACCAUGCUCAGCCUCAGCCUCGGUUGCAGCGCCUCAACGCCAAAAAGGGCAUCGAUUACCAACCUCCACCCUCUCCGCCUUCCCCUUCUUCCUCCGCCUCCGCCUCCUCCCUCUUCGACCACCAAACCAGCUUCCGCAUCAUGGGCGUCGACGGCGAAUUCGACCGCAUCUUCCAGACUUUGGGCCUCUCCGGCCCCGAAGACUUCUCCAUCCCCACCGCCGACUGGGAGGCCCGCAAGGUCCGCGUCGCUUCCUCCACUCGGCCCGCUCCCGCUCCCGAGAUCGUUUCCGUCCCCGCUCUCGACUCCCCUUGGUCUUCGGGGGAGCACGAUGGAGGCAGGGGCGGUGUCGGCAGACUGAGGCACGGCGACCGGAGCGUGCUCUUCACUGAUUCCGGUUCCUUCACUACUUCGCACGACGACGACAGUGACAUCGGCGGCGAGAGGGCUUGUUCCGUUUCUAAUGCCGCCGCCGCCGCCGCUGAUGAGUUGGUUUCUCCGUUUGGCUCCUCCAACGGCUGGUUCCGCCUGACUUUCUCCUCCUGGCAGAAGGGUGACGUGUUGGGAAGCGGCUCGUUCGGAACGGUGUACGAAGGCUUCACUGAUGAUGGAUUCUUUUUUGCGGUAAAGGAGGUGUCUUUGCUCGAUGAAGGUAGCCAGGGAAAACAGAGCAUUUUCCAACUUCAGCAGGAAAUAUAUCUUUUGAGUAAGUUUGAACAUGAAAACAUAGUUCGAUAUUAUGGCUCGGACAAGGACAAUAGUAAACUAUAUAUCUUCCUUGAGCUUAUGUCAAAAGGAUCAUUAGCAAGUCUCUACCAAAAGUAUCGUUUAAAUGACUCUCAAGUUUCUGCUUACACAAGGCAGAUUUUAAAUGGCUUGAAAUAUCUUCAUGAUCAUGAUGUGGUUCACAGGGAUAUCAAGUGUUCUAAUAUACUGGUGGAUGUACAUGGGGCAGUCAAGCUUGCAGAUUUUGGGUUGGCAAAGGCAACAAAAUUUAAUGAUGUUAAAUCAAGCAAAGGCUCCCCAUACUGGAUGGCCCCUGAGGUUGUUAACUUAAAGAACCAAGGUUAUGGGCUAGCAGCUGAUAUAUGGAGCUUAGGGUGUACAGUUCUGGAGAUGUUGACAAGGCAGCCUCCUUAUUCUGAUUUGGAAGGAAUGCAAGCAUUAUUUCGGAUUGGUAGGGGUCAACUUCCACCUAUUCCUGAGUAUUUAUCCAAGGAUGCCCAAGAUUUCAUUCUUCGAUGCUUACAAGUUAACCCAAACAACCGCCCAACUGCAGCUCAGCUAUCGGCUCAUCCAUUUCUAAGGAAAAAAUUUCUACCUCCCUUAAGCUCUGCUUCUCCACAUAGGAGCAUCUAUCGGUUAUAGGAACUCUAAAUCACCUCUUAAUUUGGCACUAAGAAGUUGAAAUUUAUCCUCUAUUUUCUGAUCUUUCUCCAUACACAUCUUGGUUUACCUGGUGGAAUGUCCAGGACAAGUUUAAUGGGUUUGCAGAUAUCUGCUUGAGUUGGACCUAACUACUCUCGGCUGAUUGUUUAUCUCAAUGUCCUCAUCAUAGCCCACCAUGUUGAACCCAUAUUUCCAUGGUCAAGGUAGGUUCAUUGAAAGGGGUGAAUGCAUUAUCAAGAGUUUCACAAGGCUAAGCUUUCACCUUUUUGCAAUGCCUCUUCAAUCCCAGUGUGAAUCUUCGUAUGGACUGGAUUGGGGAAAUGGAUAAUGAAGGAGAGGGACCUUUUCAUUUCCAACUGGUUGCUCUUUAUUCUAUAAGGCAGAAGGCCCCACCAGGAGAUUGCUAUGGCCAAGUACAGUUGGCCAUCUGGCGUGGAGUUGUCAGGUCCCAUUGCUUUCACUUGAUCCUGUCAGGAGCUCAUGUUCAUGUGAUUAUUCUUGCAUAUAACUGUACAGUCCCAAGAAUGGCAAGCAGGUUGCUGAUACUUGGUCUCAGGUAAAUAGUUAGUUCAAGCAAUGUGCUAUUAGAGCAACAAUGAAAGUUCAAAGUUUUGUAGUUUUUUCUUCCCCCCUCUUCUCUUAUAAUAUAGUUAAACAGUAUAUAAUUGCAGGACUUUUUUUCCUUCUUCCAGGAACUAGCAUUUGUAUCUAUUUUCCAUUGUAAAAUGAUGGCCCUUGCAUAAUAUCUUUAUAACAGGAAAAUUGUUGUUUGCUAAUCAAAA